AUGUGCUUUUUGGUUAUCAGAAAAUAUUAGAGGACAGCUUUCCUAUAUUUUAACUAAAUGAAAAUGAGAAUCGAAAAGCACUUAGGAUAUAAGAUUAGUAAGAUGAAUUCAGUUAGCGAAUUAAUAAAUCAAUGCUAAAAUAUACCAUAAGAAAUAAAGGUACUGAAAUUAAUAGUUGUAAAUAUCAGGAAUGAGAUUUAGAUUAAUAUUAAAUAAGGUUGGAGCAUAAUAGAUAAAGAAUGCUAAAGAAUACUUCGGAAUUAUAAACUUAACAGCAAAGGUAGGAAGAUAAUUGGCUUGUUAAAUUGCCAUUGUUAUAGCAGUAGAUGGAUAGCUAGAGACAUAUUAUACAAAGAUUACUUCAGAAGGCAUGAAAUAACUAGCCAUAAUACAAGGAGAAAUAAGAAAUGAAAUGAGAUUCACAAGACCUUGA